UCCCAUUUUAGAGGUAAGUAUUAUAUCCGUGCCCUGUUUAAAAACAUACAAAGGUCCGUAGAAAGUCCACGGUGUCCACCUAGUCUAUCGAUCUCAAGCUAGAAAGAAAUUAAAAAGGAUCGAUCCUUUAGGAUUCAUAAGAACUACUGGAAAUCAUAUGACCCAUACGAUGAAGAAUCGAACUUUUGAUUUGACAAUAUUACUGUCACUCUUGUUCCUGGGUUUACUUUUCAUCUUCAUCUCCACAGCUCCCUCCAGUCUCAACACUCUAUUUUCCUGCCAUAAGCACCAAUACCAUUCCUCAGCCAUGAUGAUCGUUCACAGAGACGAACUCGACACGAUUUUAGCGGAGACGGCAAUGGAAAACAAGUCUCUAAUCAUCGCCAUGGUAAACAAAGCCUACGUGGAAGGGGACAGGUCGAUGCUUGAUCUAUUCAUGGAUGGUUUCUGGCUUGGCGAUGGUACAUGGGGGUUAGUAGAUCAUCUUUUAAUCGUGGCCACGGAUCAAGUGUCGUACCAAAGGUGCAAGUUUCUCCGGCUUCAUUGCUACAGGCUUGAAACGAACGUUGUCGAUUUCGAUGGGGAGAAGAUAUACAUGUCCAAUGAUUUUAUCAAGAUGAUGUGGAGGAGGACUUUGUUUCUUGGGGAUGUUCUCAAGCAUGGCUACAACUUCAUCUACACGGACAUUGAUGUAUUAUGGUUUAGGAACCCAUUUUUCAUUCUGAGCUCAAACGAAAAGAUAGACUUUCAAAUUAGUACCGAUAGAUUCAGAGGGCCCAAAUCCAAUCGCAUCAACACCGGUUUCUACAUGAUCAGGUCAAACAACAAGACAAUAGCAUUGUUCGAUAAUUGGUACGCGAAAAAAGACGACUUCGUCAGAAUGAAAGAGCAGGACGUUUUGGAGACACUCAUGAACAAUGGUUUGUUUGGAGACUUAGGACUAAAUGUUAGGUUUUUGGACACACUUUAUUUUAGUGGCUUUUGUCAAAAUAGCAGAGAUGUUGGAGUUGUGGUGACCGUUCAUGCGAAUUGUUGUUUCACUAUUAGUGCCAAGGUGGCCGAUCUAACGGCUGUAAUUCAUGAUUGGAAGAGAGCUAAGGGUUUAUCUGCCAACGAAACCUCGACAUUUCAAUGGUCAAAGCACGUAGCCUGUAGAAAUUCUCUGAAGAAAUUUAAUAAGACUUCAGCUUAACUUGGACUUUCUUUUUUUAAUCAUCAGCUUAGCUUGUAUGAUCCUAUAAAAUCGUCUACUAUUGUUUAAAGAGAGGUUGGUGAUGCAAAAUUGUUACAUUGUAAUGUUACUCGAAAAGUGCAAGAAUAAAAUCA